AGUUGCUUUUGGGUUCGGAGCUGGACGGUCUAGACCUGUGCGGCCGAACUCUGCGUGGCGUCGCCGGCGUCCUCGGCGGCGAUGCACUGGUUGAAGAGUUCGGCGGAGCGCACCGAAGACUUCGGCGCAGGGCGACCCAAUGGAGGAGCCCUGGAAGUGUCCGAUGAGGUCGUGCGGAGCUAUAGCCAUGAGGCCGAGCAGCUCCAACGCUUGGAGAAGAGAGUGAAAGCAUUGGAGGCGAUGCCAUCGAGAGGCCCCAUCCCCAAGGUCGCUUCUUCGCCGCCGGCUGGGCAGGCGGAGAGCCUCCGCGACUGGGUCACCGGGUCGUUGGAUGCCCUCCGGCGCAGCGUCCAGGAAGAGCUGGGAGACUUUCGCACGCGCAUCGAGGCAUCUGAGAAGGCCAAUCGGGAGAUCCUCACCACGCUCUCGAAGACCGUGAAGGAGGGUUCGGAGCAAAUCAAGAGGGUGAGCUCCACCACCAUGGCCAUGGAGGAGAAGGUCAAUGGCCUCACCUUCGAUGGCGACGCCUUUCGACAGCUACGCUUGGAGGUGGAAGAAGCGGUUCAGUACCUGCAAGCACAGUGCGAAAGGGUGGAACAAGACUGUAAGGACCUGGAUUAUCGCAUGAGCGUGCAAGCCUUGGCGGCCAGCACCUUCAGCUUGAAGGUCGUCUCGAUGGAUGCGGCCACUCGUGAGAAGAGCUUGAAGUACCUGGCGGGCGAGGAGAAGCGUGUCAAGGCCAAGGCCUCCCCGCAGACCAAAGCAGCCAUGGCCGCGCGGCAGACGACCUCGCCGCGCGCCACGGCCGUGGCACAGCGGGCAGAGGGGCCAAGGCCGACGGGGCAGGUGAGAUCCGUCUCGCCAGAUUCCACGCCCCAAACGAGCCCGCGUGGCCCGGGUCCGCUCAACGAGGAGCGGCGCGAGACGCCGGGCUUGGCCGAGGCCCUGGUCUCAGAGGUCUUUUGCCUCGAGGCCGCGGAGCUCAGCGAGUCUGAACGAAAGAUGUGCGUCUCGCUGCUGAAGCAGCGUUUGGCGGGACUGCGCAGCUCCAAGCUGAACAAAGAGAUUUUGGAGGAGAUCCACCAGGAAGCACUCAGAUACUCCCAGCAUGAUGCGAUCCAGCACCUGUAGCAGCGCCGCCGAAAAGCAGCCGCCGCUGUUACGCCGCUGGUGACGGCGCGCGUGGCCGCGGCAAGUGCAAAUGAGGAGAUCAAGGUAGAGGAACAAGAACGCUGCUACUAGUCUACUAGGAGCAACGCUACGUUCGGGGCUCCUGGCCUUACUACUAGGAGCAAGAAGCUACUACCAGCAGUUUGAAAGGGGUGCCCUUGUCACAUCCCCGGCUCCGAGCGAAGGG